AUUGAACGUCUUGUUCGUCUGCUAGAAAUUUUAGAUCGUCAUGAAUAUCAUUUAGUUCGUGAACCGAAUCCAAUGGAAUCUUUAUAUAAUCGUAUAUUCAAUGAUGAUACAAUACAUGUAGAUACAAGUACAAUUGUCAUGACUUUAUGUGAAUGGGCUGUAUCACCAUAUCGUAUUGGAAUUUAUCGUUCUAUUGUAGUAGCAUGUUUAUUGGAACAAUUGAAGAAUACAUUUUAUGCUGAAAAUAUUAAUACUACUAAUAAUGUUAGCAGUAGUAGUAGUGGUAAUAAUAAUAAAGAUGUAUCACAGUCCACAACACCAACUACUGGGAGUAAUGGUAGCAGUGGUAUUACAUCAACAGCUACAACUACGGCAACUACUACUACUAAUACUACUACAACUAGUACUACAGCUAAUACAACAACCACCACAACUACUACUACUAACAUGAAAAAUACUACUAACAACAACAAUAAUAACAUGAAUCUAAUGAGUAGUCAAGCUUAUCAAUCAUUACAAGAAACAUUAAUUAAAUUUCUAGAUAAUUGUACUACACAAUUACCACCAUUCAAUGGUGAACAAUGUUUAAUUGAAAAUCAUUUUAUGCGUAAUUUAGUUUGUUUAUUCUCAGAAUUGAUUGAUCGUGAAGUAUUUGAUCAUGAUUAUUAUGUAAGAUAUUUUAUUGCUCGUGGUGUUUUUGAUACAAGUUUACAUCCAUUAGCUUUGGUAGAUAAUAAUUCUAUACAGAGCAAAAUGACUACAACUAAUCCAUUAUCGAUUAAUAGUAAUAGUAGUAAUAAUAUUAAUAUGAAUCAAUCGGUUCAAACACCGACAAAUAUAACACGUACUACAACCAAUGCGCCUAAUAUCACUGGAUCAUCAAUGACAUGUCAUUUACAGACAACAGCUCAACAUUCAGUGAAAUCAGAAUUCUCUGAAGAUAUGGAUCGUUCUAGUAUGGAUAAUCCAGAUUCUGUACGUUCUGAAUCUGGUAUUAUUAAUUUAAUGUCAUCAUUACAAACUAAUAAUAAUAAUAAUAAUAAUAGUCAAUGCGUAGCAGCCAAUCAACAAUCCUCCUCCUCUUGCUGUUCAUCAUCAUUAAUCAAUAAUCCAAUGACAUCCACUUCACCAUAUUCCAAUCGUCAUUUACAUUAUUUAAUACAAUUUCCUAUACCACAAGAUGAAAGUUAUGCUCAUGAACAAAAUCAACGUUUUCAAUUAUUGUAUGGUUCAGUAAGAUCAAGAGAUCGUGCAAGAUAUCCUAUACGUAAAUUAAUACGUGAUAUAUGUAAAUUAUUUACUAAAAAAAUUUAUUUAAUUGAUGUAUUUCAUGGAGAACUUGGUCGACGUAAAAAAAGUAAAGAUAGGAGUGAACGAGAAAAAGAUACAACAAAUGCUAACAGCAAUAAUAAUAAUAAUAAUAAUAAUAAUAAUAAUGCCAACUCUAAUAAUAAUAAUCUUGGAAUAACACCUGGACUAGGAUCGUUAAGUGGACAGCCAACAACAACAACGACAACAGCUUCCACUGGAACUACUUCAGGCAAUAAUAGUAAUAAUGAUGAAACACGUUCGAUUGAUGAAGUUCAUGAUGAUAUAACAAAACGUUUUAUUAAUUUAUCAUUUUAUGAUAUGGAAUAUGUAUUAUCACAAUGUACACCAGUAUUUGUUAAAAUGCUCAAUGGUUCCAAUUGUCAUUCAACUACUAGUACUACUACUACUACUACUACUACUACUACUACUACCACAUCAAAUGAAGAGAAUAUUAAUAAUAUUACAAAUAUUUUAUCAACAAAUACAAAUUCACCCUUGUCUGCAUCAUCAGCAUCGUCAUCCACUUUGACUAAUACCGCUAAUACUACUACUACUACUAAUAGCAACAAUCAAUUAUCAAUGUCAAUGUCCAAUGUUCAAUCAUCACAUAUUUAUAUGCCUGUACCAAGUUCAAUAUUUUUAUUUUUUGAAUUAAUUGAAACAUCUCUGAAUAUUACAUCAUUAAUAUUCACUGUAAUUGAUACAUUGGAACGUUUAAAAAUUCUAUUUGAAAAUCGUACACAUUUUAUGACGCUAUAUAUGUCAUCAUUAUGUCUUCGUACAGUUGGUAUAUUACAACGUUAUCAAAAUAUUUUAUUUACAAUGGGUGAUUUAUCUAGUCGUUUAUUUCCUACAUUAAUUGAACAAGUAAGACAAGUAAAAGAACCAACACAAUGUGGACCAUUAGAACGUUGUAUAUUAAUUUAUUUAAAUGAUUUAUUUACAUCGAAUAUUGUGAUAAAAACACGUUUUACACCAAUUUAUGGUAAAGCCCAUCAGAAAGUCAAUGCUCUAUUACGUCGUAUUGAUUCUAAUGAAAAUGGUGCGAAACAAUUUGAUGCGGAUUAUGCAAAUGAUUUAUUCACUAUUACAUCCUCUAUGGAUAAUGUGAAUUUAUUCCGUCUAUAUACAGAAGAUUUACGUAAUAAGCCAGAUUCACGGUAUAGUUUCGUGUGUAAAGCAAUUAUAUGGAUAUGUCAAGCUAAAACAAUAGAACAUGUUAAUUAUUUAUGUAGUCUAUGCGUAGAAUUAACAUCACAAUGUAGUGAAUUAACACCAGAAUGGCUUAGUGCAUUCUAUGCUAUUCUAGCACCACCAAAUUCUUAUAUACAUAGUUAUUAUAGUGCAUUGAUUAAUAUUAUUGAACCAAGCCAGAUAUGGAUAUAUGAUAAUUUAAGUUCAUUAAUUGGUACAUUAUUAUCUCGAUAUUGUUUUACUAUAUCAGAUUUUUUACGUUUAGUUAUAUGUCCAGCAAUGGCACAAGGUUUAGAUAAUGUUAGUCAACCAGUAAUCAAUACACAAUUAGAAUCGAUUAUUUCUUUAGCAUGUCAUAUAUUGCAUUGUUUAUUUACUGCGGAAUCAACGAUUAGUUCAUUACAAACAACAACUACUUCUACUACUAGUAAUACUACUAAUAAUCAUAAUAGUAGUAAUAAUGUAUUAACACCAAAUCCUGAUGUGAAUUUAUCAAAUACUACUACUACUACGGAUAAUUUAUCAAAUUCCUCACCACCAUUUCGUAUAUCUGAACCAUUAUUGUUAACUGGUGCAUUACAAAAAGUUACAUCAGAAUUUUUAGUAGAUGUUUUAAAAAUGCUUAUUGUACAUAGUGAUAAAGCAUCAGUUGAUCAGCAAAAAUUAACGACUACUACUAACAAUAAUAAUAAUAGUAGUACAGGAUGUUGUUUACAAGAAGAAACUAACGAACAGACAGAUACAAUUGCCAGACAUGAUGAUGACAAUGAUAAUAAUAAUAAUAAUGAAGACAGUGAUGGGAAUCGUGAUGAUGAUGAUGACGCUGGUAAUGAUGAAGAGCAUGAUGAUGAAAAUGAUUAUCGUGAUGGUGGAGGUGGCGGUGGCGGGACACAAGACAAUGUUGAUGAAUUGACAGAUAUUGAUUCUGAAGGAGAUGGUUCAACCAUAAGACAUACAACACGUAAACGUACUCGAACAACCACACAACAUCAACAACAACAACAGAAAGGUAACAAUAAAUCGAAACGAUUUAAAUCAUCUCAACAACACCAACACCAACAACAACAACAACAACAACAUCGUCGUCGUUCUAGUCGUCAAACACAUCGUAAAUCAACUACACAUGUACAUUAUAUUGUACAACGAUUUCUUGAACAAGAUAUAUUACCAACAACUAUGGAAUUACGUUCAUUACCAUUGAAUGCAUUAAUCCAACUAGUAUUACGUGAAAUUUGUACAGUUACAUGGGUACGUGAACGAUUUCAACAAAUGACACCAAAUCAGUUAAUACGUGAAAAUGUUUUAAUUGAUAAAAAUUUUACACAAAGUCAAGCUAGACGUUUAUUACACAUUAUUUAUUGGCCAUAUGAUUUAACAUGGAUUGAUAUAGCAUCAACCUAUGAUGGUUUAUCUGGUGCAAUGUGUCAUAUUUUAUUGCAUGAUUUAAAUAUUUGGACAUUAAAAUGUACACAAAUUGAAUUUCAAUUAUUAUAUGCACAAAUAUCAUUUUCACAACAAACUGAAGUACUUGGUUAUUUAGCACAGUCGAUUGUACAAGGAUUUCAAUCACAAAUUAUUAAUUGGCUUGAUUUUAAUCAUAAUAAUCAUAAUCAUUCGAUUAUAUCUUCAACAACUAAUAAUACCACUACUAAUACUACUACUACUAAUACUACUAAUAAUAGUGUUAGUAGUAAUAAUAAUUAUAUGAAUUUUCAAGAAAAUUCUAUUGGACAUUUAAUUGAUAAUGAUUUACCAAUUAUUGAAUUAGAUGAUAAUGAUCCAGUAUGGUUAUUUCCUGCAUUAAUUACUAAAUUGCCAAAAUUAUUAAAAGCACAAAUUGUAAAAGUUACCUCUGAG